UUGGCAACAUUAUCACUCAGGUGUUUUAAAAAUUCACCGUUAGAAGACGCUGAAAAAAUAUAGGCCAUGUGGAUUUAUUUUACGUAUUUAUUCCAAAUUCCACGUCCAAAGAAGUAAAGUUUUAGCAAGACGACAAAUGGGAGAGCUUUUGCUGAAUACACCAAAAAGGAAUCAAUUACUCAAGGAUGGUCCACCUGUGCCCACAAGGUGUCAGAUUUUAGGACGUGGGGCCUAUGGAACGGUGUUCAAGGCUAUUUAUAGGGAUUGUGCAGUUGCUGUGAAGAUCAUUAGAGCCCAUGCGGCGUCCACUUUACACAAUGAAUCCCAUUUGCUUAACCUGGAGCACAGGAACAUAGUCCGUCUUUUAAAACUUGAAUCCGCUGUACAGUUCGGCUUGGUCAUUAUGGAAUGCCCUAGGGGGCAAUGUCUGCAGAGGAUCGUAGACACUUUGGCUCUACCACUAAUGCACAGGGUUUUAAUAACCCUGGAUGUGGUUGCUGCCUUGAGAUACUGUCAUUCCCAGAAUGUAUUACAUCUUGAUGUAAAGCCAACCAAUAUAUUGGUUGCACUGGGAAUAAAGUCUUCAGGGGUUGGCAACUUUUCAAAGGUCAAGCGGAGCUACAUCUGCAAGCUCUGUGAUUUUGGUUCAUCCAUUGAGAUGGGCGAAUAUUGUGCUAGACAAGACCCAAUUAAUGCCAAUGGAACCCUGAGAUACAUGUCUCCUGAAGCCCUGCGUUUAGACAGUCUAUCCGAAGCCUCAGAUAUCUACUCCCUGGGCAUUACCAUGUGGCAGUUGCAAGCCCGUAGACUACCUUAUCAUAUGCUAGAUUGCAAUGAAACCAUAGCCUACCAAGUGGUAAAGCACGAACUACGGCCGGAUAACUAUCAUCAAUUAAAGAUUUUAGCUUUGGAUUCUCCCAGCAACUCGGAUUGGAAUUUUGUCAAUGGAAACAACGCCGACGUGACAUAUAGAAAGGCAAAUACAUCGGCUAGACGUAAUCUGAACCUCGAUCCAUCUUACACCGCCGGCCGUGAUCUGAAAAAGAAACACCGCCGGAACCGAUUAGCACUCCACUUUGAUAGUCCGGCGCCAGAACCGAGUGCGUGCCUCGAAAAUGCUUACUCCAAACUAUACAAAAGCUGCUGGGUCAGCGCCCCGCAAUCACGUUUGAGUUCGUUUCAGCUGAAGCAUGAACUGGAGCUAAUUCUUUGUCGUAGCAACAAAAUAGUUUAAGUUAAUGUAAUUGUUUGCAUUUUAUGUUAUUGAUUCGUAAAGUACAUACCAAUAUUUAUGUAAGAUUUUACCAACCCAUCGCGA